AUUUAUGUUAGUGCUUAUGUAAUCCCCCGCCGUACGUCCAACCUUCAGGCCAAUAUCCCCGCUCUUGGUGGUUCGGGGGAUACAUAAAGGAAGUACCUUCUCCCUGAUUAAGCUUACCGAUAUUAUUUCUUUCCAACCUCGUGUUUUCUUCUGCUUACUAUACAAUUUCAAACAACUUCAGACAUUUCCCUCCAUUGCUCAAACCUAAUAUAUAUAAUUUUCAAUUUUCGGAGAAAAAAAAAACAUGGCUUCGACAGAUCGCCCCACUACCGCCGUUGUGGAGCGGGCCUCGGUAUCCGACAUCCCGGAGCUGAUCACCAUCUGGUGGGGCGCGUUCGGCUCCGAACACAUGCAGCGCAUCUUCCCGCAGACGCCCGAUGGCAGGCUAUGGCUCGAGCGCGCUUUCAAGCAGUUCCUUGGGCCCGCCCCGGGACCUGAUGAGCUGAAGACCGAGUGUCUGAUCGUCCGCAGUCCGGAUACCGGUAUCCCUGUUGCGAUAGCUAUAUAUCGCAUCGUACCAGAGGGUUGCGACGCAGCGAAGCAGUCAUGGCGCGAAAGGUGGCCCGCCGUUGAUGAUUUACCGGAUUUCAGCGAUGCCGCCGUGGACAGCUUUUUUAGUCUUAUGGAAAAGGCGCAUACUCACGUUCUAGGCAACCGUGGUCAUGUCUUCUUGGAAGUGCUUGGUACGAUAGAGGCAUUCCAGAAAAGGGGUUAUGGCACCGCGCUGGUCAAGUGGGGAACCGAUUUAGCCGAUCAGUUAGGAGUCGAGUGCUACUUAGAUGCCAGUCCUGCCGGAAAGCCACUCUACGAAGCAAACGGUUACGUGGAGCAAGAUGUGUCUGCUAUCGUAGAGAAGCAGUCGGCGGCGUCAAUGUUGCGUCCGAAGAAACUUUAAGGCUGAUAGAUCAGGUACCUAGCCUAUGAAAGUACUUAAUACGACUCUCGACUGGCACAUUUUAUACUGUAAUUAGUUUGUAUUAGAGAAAAUAUCAUCAAAAUAACCCCGACAAGAUAAGAAUAGUUGCAACGCCUAUAUCCCAACCCAUAGU